UGAAUUGAUGCCAUAAUUGAUGGCAAGUGAGCGAAGAGUCCAUUAUUUAGUGUCACGUUUUGAAAAGCGAUAACAAAUACAAUAACCGAUUGUUGUGUUGAUUGAGUCCAGCAUUCAAUCCAUUCAUUCGCCGAUUGAUCCCUGAAUUGGUGGUCAAUCCAUACAAUCGGUGGUCAAUAAGACAUCCAUCCAAUUGUGAGGAGACAAUUGGUUUAACCGCUCAGCGAUUGCUAACCGUCGAAGAACUGGUGUGAUGUCUGAUCCGGACGACGAUUUCAUGUGCGGCGAUGACGAGGAGGACUACGAUCUGGAGUACUCGGAGGACAGCAACAGUGAGCCGGACGUGGACUUAGAGAACCAAUACUACAACUCGAAGGCCCUGAAAGAG